UCGCGAUCGUAUUAGUGUUUUUUAUAAAAUAUGGACAAGAAUAAUAAGCAAGUGUCGCAAUUUCGGCCGACAUAUAUAUCAACAAACCAAAAAACACCGUUUGUGGAACUGUAUGUGACUUCCGUGAUUUCGGCACUUGCCGGAGAAACCAUCGCCUAUCCCUUUGACGUGUGCAAGACCCGAAUGCAUAUUCAAGGAGAGAUCGCAAGCAAAACGGCGACUCCUCUUAAAUAUCGUGGCAUGUUGGGUACAGCUCUGGGCAUUAUCAGAGAAGAGGGUGUUCUUAAGCUAUACGGAGGACUGACGGCCAUGAUGCUCAGACACUCGACAUUUACCGGCCUUAAAAUGUUCUUUUAUGAUAAUCUUCGUGAAUUUAUGAUCACCACUAACAAAGAUGGCCAACCACAAUUAACGUUUUUCCGGGGAGCCGUUUGUGGCAUGACAGCAGGUGCUUUGGCCAACAUGUUAUCCUCACCCGUGGAUCUUGUCAAAAUUCAAAUGCAAAUGGAUGGCAAGCGACGUCUUAUGGGAGAGCCCGCAAGAGUUCAAAAUGUCUUUCAGGCCUUUGGAUCAAUCUAUGCCGUCGGUGGAGUUCGCGGCUUGUGGAAGGGCACUGCGAUAAAUGCCACACGUGCAGCUCUGGUCACACUGGGCGAUCUUAGUGCCUACGAUCUGAGCAAGCGUCAACUUAUGCGGCUUUUGGAAAUGCCCGAUAAUCGACUUAUACAAUUUAUGGGGGCGAUGAUAGCUGGCUUAACCAGUGCCGUUCUUAGUACACCCGCAGAUGUGGUCAAGUCGCGGAUUAUGAACCAGCCGACAGACGAUAAAGGCAUUGGUCUGCACUACAAGGGAACAAUUGACUGUUUCACCAAACUAUAUACGGAAGAAGGCUUCUUUGCCAUGUACAAAGGCUUUCUACCCUAUUGGUUACGAAUUGGUCCCUGGGCCUUGGUAUUCUGGACAACCUUUGAACAGAUUCGUCGCUUUCGCGGCGAUGAGGGUUAUUAAAAACGCGAAAGGUUUUUUAUAUCUUAACGUAUGACGAAACUGUUUGUGAAUCGGACAAAAUAAAUGUUUUAAAUUUUUAGUAUAGCACAGAAAAAA